AUGAAGAUGCAGCUUGAGAGAGUAGCGUUUGAGAGUAAAGAGGCUGCCAUUACCAUGGACGGCUUGAAGGAAGCCAACUCGGAACUUACCACCGAGCUGGACGAGACAACGAAAGCAAGAUCCGAAGAUGCAUACAAUAGGUCGACGCCCUUCAUGAGACUAGCGCUGCGGGAGAUGAUUCCGCCUGACGAGCCGCAGGAACUGAGGAUCAUACUGGUCGAAGCGGAAGGUAUCGUUCGGCAAGGGAUGAGCUCGAAUGCCACAACAGAGCUAGGAGUACGAAGAGCUAAUGGAGCGCAACUCUCUGAAGCGGACAUCGACGAGGUCAAGAGCAGGCUGUCAGAACCCUACACCAGCAGGAGGGAAACACAAGCUCAAAUGAUCAAAGAUAUGCGAGAAGACCUGGCGCGAAAGGACGAGGAGAAUCAUCGUCUGAAAAUGAGCGUCGAAGAAUCUCAACGUGCUCCCAGGACCAAUGGGGCAACUCAACCGACAGCAACCAGCAGGACUGUCCAACAGCAGAUCGCCGAUUUUGACGUCAUGAAGAAGUCGCCGAUGCGGAUCUUCAAAAUCGCUGCGAACAUCAUCCAACAACCGGGCACAGCAGAAGAAGAUGGCCUUCUAGAGCGAAAUCUAGAACAGCUAACACAUGUGCAAAGACAACUUGUUGAGCAGAACGGAACGAACCACAGGUUCGAAGCCACAACCACUGCAGUCAAAGAGCGACUCGAAGCCGCGCAAGCACCGCUCCACGCGUAA